AUGACUGGGGACGCCAUGCGGCCAGCUAGUGCCGGAAACAAUAGCUACACCAACGUCGAAGAUGUCGAACUUCUCGCUGGGCUUUGGGAAGAAGCCCGCUUUGCGAGACUACCAUGCGAUGCGCCAAGCGAGUUGAAAGACCUGGUUGAGGACAUCGACAACCCGAAGCGUGUCUAUGCCAUCCACAAGGCUGCCCGCCGCCACAACUUCCAGCUACUUGUGCAGAGAUAUAUCGUACAGCUUCGUGAAGGCUGUGGCUCUGAGUACUGCACGACAUCGACAUGCUUCACAUGCCGGAGACGUGUUGCCGGGCGUGCUCCGGUCCGCAGGUACAACACAACAAGCGCAAGGACGCUGGCAACGUACCUGGCGAGUCAAGAUAAUCCCGAGAAUGGCCUCUGUCCAGCUCUCAGACCCCCACGGACGCCUCCAGCCUCGCUCAACUCACUGGUAUUCGUACCGUCUCCGAAGUCGCGGUUACGCGAUGAACAUCCUCGAAGAACCCAGACUGCCCACAGUCGCCCGGUCUCGCCGAAAGGUGCUGCUGGCAUUGGCGGGCGACCCGUUAUGCGGAGCCGCAGUGCGACAGUAAGCGAAGAAGGCAGGGAAGAAUCCAGUCAGACAAGCCCCAAAAAUCAAUCGGCUGCUCAGAAGCAGCCCCAGCGUCCUGCUUUUACAGUCAUCGAGGAACCUGUCAGCAAAGAUCACCGGUCGUUUGCCGCAAACGUCUUCGGAACGGUGGCCUUCAAGAUGCUUGAGUGGCUGACCCCAGCUGCAGUCGAGGACAUGUCGCGAAGGACUUGGGGCUUUCGCAGCAACACGGAGGCCGAUUACAGAGGCGAGGCGCCGGCCACGCCGGAGCCAAAGUUGAGGCAUGACGAAAGCUCUAAUGAACUGAAACCGGCACAAGGCUCGCCUGUUGUAUCCGCUGAACCCAGCGAGACUCGGUCGAACGGCAGGGAACACAUUGGACGUACGCCGACCGAGAAGGCAGAAUGCGGAUCUCAAGACUGUCAGAAUUUACGCGACCCCCUGUCCGUAUCCCGCACGACCGGCAAGCGCCGCAACUCGAAUGCCAAGGUCCGGACAUCAACUGCGCCGAAGCCGAAGCGCCAGCUCUCGAUCGAUCCCUAUACACAGGAGGCUGCGAGUGAAGAUGCUUUUUCCGGGCUGCUAAGGUCUCCUCGCGCCGCUGAUAAGGCAGCCCGAGUUCCAAAGGCGGCAGGCUCAAACAUCCCUCGUCCAAUUUCCCAACUUUCUUCGGCAGGGUUCUUCGACGAUGUUACCUUGGAGAAGAUGCCGCCCCCCAAGACCAUCGAUAUAAAGCCAAGGGCCGGUCGCUGCCAGCUCGAUGAGACAGCGAACAGCCUCUCGGGCGGGCUCCAGGACUCCGCCGCCACUUCAGCUGUUUCCACUGACAGGUCCUGCAGCACGAGCUCAGCCACCGCCAUAGGACAGGACUCGGAAUCCGAGGACGACAGUGUACUUCCUCAGGCACUCUCCAGAUUAGAUGCCGAGAUUGUUGACUUCAUAUGCGACGUGAUUCAACAAGACGGCACCGCCGAGAAGCAUCUCCUCGAGCCGCGGUGUAUCACUAGGAUCCACAACCAGAAGGCCAGCCAAGGAAAGCCAGCCAGGCGGAAGCGCCGGUCGGGGUCUAAGUAUUCCGCGGAUCUGAAGCUCGAGUGGAAGCUGUUCGUUGAGCAGACACUCUUCUACGUGCUUAGUGAUCCACAGCAGGCUCUCCGAUCCUUCACUCACAAGGGCCAAUUAUACGACUCCCAGACUCUUUGGUACUGCAUGCUUAGGAUGACACGGAUUGCACCCAGUCUGGUAUUCCACAGCCUUUGGCUCGCCGCGGCCAGUCUAUUCGCUCCGCCCAAGGUGCUGCAGACUUUGAGGUCGCCGACCACGAAGCUUUUCCCGAAGAAGGAGGCCUCUCUUUCCAACUUGGAGGCAGGGCGCCUUAUGUCGAUAUGCUUGCAUGCUUUGAUUGCCGCAGCACCCCUGACUACCGAGUCCCAGCAACUGUACGAUAUGUCGAGAAUCCGAUCCCACGGCUUAAGCCUUGCGGAAAGUGGAGCUGUAGCUCGACAGCCAAAGGAUCUCUGCCUACAAUACGAAGAUACCUUCACCGAUCCUCUCGCCCUUAGACUAGCGAGGCGGUUAUUUGCAGCCAUCACGACGCGUCGCUAUUUCAACGAACUCAGCCGGUCAAUCAUUGAAGGCGAUGAAGAAGAAGAGCAAGACGUGCUCACGCCGUUAUUCUCACAACUAGAUUUUCUGAACAUGGAUGCCGUGUAUAUUUUGGACUUCCCGUUCCCGGAGCGUGCCCUACAUGAAACCCGCGUGCCGAUUCUCUUGCUGGACUGGGCGAGAGCCGUCAUGCUAAAUGACUGGGAUGGGUCUCCCGAGGUCCGCGGAGACAGUCCUUUUGGCGGUGCCCUCGCCUUGAUUGAAGCAAUGUACAAGAAACGCCAGGAGCUUCUUCUGGCUGAUGCUCAGUUUCGCUCCGACUACUUUGCAGAGCGGCUGGACUCGGUUCAGAUGCCCAUCUCGUGGCUGUCUCAUGUCUCGAAUCGGCAGCGAUUACACCUUCUAGACUUUCCCUUUAUAUUCAGCCCAGCGAAUCUUGUAUCCUACUUUCGAUCCAUCAAUUUCUCCAGGAUGAGUCGUUCGUUCGAGGAAUCCACCUCUCUACAUGAGAAAAUUGAUGUGAUUUCUGUGCGGACGGCCCUCCGUUCGCACCACAAAGCGGUCAUUACAGAGCGGCUGAAAGUAGCAGCGGCAAAGUAUUUGAUCUUGAAUAUUCGGAGAGAGAGCGUCAUCGAAGACGCUUUCAACCAGUUAUGGCGGAGAGAGGAGCGAGAGCUUUUGAGGCCCCUGAAAGUUCACCUGGGAGAGUCGACAGGCGAGGAAGGCUUUGACUCCGGCGGCGUCCAACAGGAAUUCUUUAGAAUGGCCAUUGCAGAAGCACUGAACCCCGACUACGGUGCUUUCACGGUUGAUGAAAGGACCCGCAUGGCUUGGUUUCUUCCUGGCUCCAUGGAAGACGACUGGAAGUUUGAGCUCAUCGGCCUGCUCGUAUCGCUCGCAGUCUACAACGGCCUGACGCUACCGGUUACGUUUCCGAAAGCCCUCUACCGCAAGCUUCUCGGAGAGCCUGUCACCGAGCUUCACCACAUUGCCGACGGCUGGCCUGAUCUAGCAAGCGGCCUCACUUCUCUCCUAGAGUGGGACGAGAAGGACGGCCUCGUCGAAGAUGUAUUCGCGAGGACGUACGAGUUCUCCAUCUCCGUUCUAGGCAUGCACAUCACGCGCGAGAUGGAAUCCGCUUCUUCCGGCAGCGACAAACACCACGACCGAGCCGAGCAGGAAUGGCCACAAUUCCCCAAGACCGUCGCACAGUCCUCCACCCUCCCUCCCCCGCAUCUGGGCAAUCCCAAGGAAGACGAAGCCCCGCUCGUCACCAGUGCCAACCGAAACGCCUACGUAUCGGACUACAUCCGCUACUUGACUGACGUCUCCGUCCGCCGGCAAUACGAGGCCUUUGCCCGCGGCUUUCACACCUGCCUGCACCCCAAAUCUCUCACGCUGCUCACCCCAAACCUCCUGCAGUCGGUCGUCGAAGGUGUGCAAGAGAUUGAUAUAUCCGAGCUGAAGCGCUACACGCGCUAUGUUGGGUGGGACGCGUCGCACCGGACAGUCAAGGAUUUCUGGAGUGUUGUGAAGCGGUACGACGAGAACAUGAAGAGAAAGCUUCUCGAGUUCGUCACGGCCAGCGAUCGAGUGCCCGUCGGCGGCAUCAAGAACAUGAUGUUCAUCGUGCAACGCAACGGCUCGGAGGAUGAUCCCGCAGGCAGGCUGCCCACCUCGUAUACCUGUUAUGGGACGUUGCUCCUCCCGGAGUAUAAGGAUAAGGAGAUGCUGAGGGAAAGACUGGCCAUGGCGCUGGAUAAUGCGCAAGGGUUCGGGUUCGCUUAG